CGAUAGAUACCCCUCCAGUCAUUAUACUCGUUGUCGCCGCUCUGUAUAGAAUCCCCUACAUCGAUACUUCAGCGUUCAAACAGGGCCCGCCCUCUCGAAACAACGUACGACUCGUGAACUACCCCUCACCUCGUUCAAAAUGCCUGUAGGCAUAAACCAGCCCUCAAACCAGAUUAAAUUUACGAAUGUCUCUAUCGUCCGGUUGAAGAAAGGCAAGAAACGCUUCGAGCUAGCUUGCUACAAGAACAAGCUCCUCGAAUACCGCUCGGGCACUGAAACAGACCUGGACAACGUCCUUCAGAUCCCCACGGUCUUCCUCUCCGUCUCCAAGGCCCAGACAGCCCCCGCUGCAGAGCUAGCCAAGGCGUUCGGCCCCAAGGUGUCCAGCGAUGAAAUAAUCCAGGAAAUUCUGCGCAAGGGUGAGGUGCAGGUUGGCGAGCGUGAGCGGAGAGAUAUCCUCGAACGGAUUGAAAAGGAGGUCAUCGAGAUCGUCAGUGCGAGGCUGGUCGACCCUGUGUCGAAGCGGGUUUACACUACCGGCAUGAUUUCGAAGGCGCUCGAUCAGUUAAGUGCAGCGAGCGGGCAGCAAGGCGGUGCUGCCACUGCAGCAGCAAAGGGCAAAGCUGCCGAGACCGUUGAUACACCUGAUGCUGCGGUGCCUGCUGCCGAGGAGCCCGCUGCUACUGCUGCUGCGCAGGAAGACGAGACAGCGUCCAAAAAGCCGAUGUGGACCGGUGUUGUAACGAAAAAAUCCGCCAAGACGCAGGCUCUGGAUGCUAUGAGGGCGCUGAUCGCCUGGCAACCGAUCCCCGUCAUGCGUGCCCGGAUGCGUCUGCGGAUCACAUGCCCCACAUCGAUUCUUAAACAGGCGGUGAAAUCUGCGCCUGGCUCUGGUGGCGGUGGUGGGAACCACAGUUCGUCCCCGACGAAAGGUGGGCAUAAGAAGGGCAAAAAGUCUCGUUCCCGUUCCAAUUCUCAUGCUCAAGGCGACGACGAUGACGAUGACGGGAUGCAUGAGGCUGCGGCGCCAAAGGCAUCUGGAACUGUCAAAGAUCGCAUCCUAAGCUACUUCGAGCAGGUCGAGGUGCAAGAUGUGCUGAAUGUGGAGGAAUGGGAAGUUAUUGGAUUUGCAGAGCCCGGCGCGUUUAAGGGGCUGAGUGAGUUCGUGGGAGGCGAGACGAAGGGGAAGGGCAGGGUGGAGGUUUUGGACAUGGCGGUUACGCACGAGGAGUGAAAGGGGGAGCGUGGGAUCUCUCUAUUGCAAUUCUCUCCGUGCAAUUUGGUUUUGCAUUACUUUGCUAUCCCAUUUGUGUUUUGGCUGAUAUUUGAUAUCCUGAUGGAAAACCAUGGACGACCGUAAUGUUUUUUAUAUAUGUCAUUGUUCAUGAGAUGGCAUGCUAGUUGAGAAUCAUGAACCUUUCUCGACGAUUCAAUG